AUGGCAGCCAGCUCCAGCAGCGCCGUGCCGCCAGACUCGGCCAGCAGGCUGGGCCGCAGCUCCUCGCUCCCGGCGCACCUCGACGCCGAGGCGCAGCCCCUCGGCGCCUCGCCGCGCUCGCCCAGCCUGGCCGCCUUCGUGGCGCGCGCCGCCAGCGCCGCCCGCCUCGCCGUCGGCGGCAGCGAGAAGCACGCAUACACGCGCCUCGGCGGCGAUGCGCAGCAGCGGCCGCUCUCGCGCCUGCUGCACCUCGGACGCCCGCAGCGCCGCCUCGCCGUCGUGGCGGCGACGGGCGUGGCGCUGCUGCUGCUGCUCCUCGUCGGCCUGGCGCGGCAGCACGGCGACGGCGCGGCGCGCGAGAACCAGGCGUUCGCGACGCCCAUGCGUGCCCUUACGCCGCGCGAGGCGCACGACCGCACGUGGGGCGCGGCACAGUGCCGCCGCGAGUUCCCCGCCUUCUAUCCGCAGCUCGAGGAGCUGCAGCGCCGCUUCCAGGCGCAGGGCGGCAUCUCGAAGCAGAUGCUCGACGCCAGCGAGAAGGGAGACCGCGAGCUUCGCUGGGGCCUGGCGCGCCUCAUCAUCAACGACGGACAAGUCUUUAUACGGCGGUUCGCCGAGGGCCAGGAGACACGCGUCAGCGCCAUGGUGGGCCUGCUGCACUCGGCCAUCGUGGCCGCACCGAGCGCGAACGAGGAGCCGCUGCCUGCCAUCGACAUGGUCAUUGGCAUGGGCGACUUUGGCGGCCUGAACCCCAAUGAGGGCACCUGGGCGCUGACGCGGGCGCCCGCCGACGGGCCCGCCAAGGUGUGGAUGCUCCCGGACUUUGGCUUUGCGGCGUGGACGGAGGCGGGCACACCGUCGUACGAGGAGUACCGGCGCCUGGCCGCCGACGUCGAGCGCGCGACGCCGUGGGAGAAGAAGGACGACCGCGCGUUCUGGCGCGGCUUCCCAAACGUCUACGAGCUGCGGAAGGACCUCAUGAGCCGCACCAACGUUACGGCCGACCCGCAGCGCGCCAUGUGGUCCGACGUCGUGGCAACAGGCGGCGGCUCGAGCGUGCCGACGGUGCGGACCUGGAAGCACUGCGAGCGCAAGUACCUCAUCCACACCGAGGGCAACAGCUAUAGCGGUCGCUCCAAGUAUCUCUUUGGCUGCCGCAGCGUCGUCAUUGCCCACAAGCCCUGGUGGACACAGCACUUCCAUCCGGCGCUCGUCUCCGACCCGCGAUCGCCGCACCAGAACCACGUCGAGCUGAAGGGCCAUCUGUUCGAUGGACUGGAGGAGAGCAUGGCAGAGAUGUGGCGCGCCGACGGCCGCGAUGCGCCGUGGUCUGAGCCGAGCCAGGACCGUCGCGGCUGGUCGGUGCUGCGCGCCAACACGCCCGAGCAGAUCGCCGCCAACGCCGAGCGCACCCUUGCCGGCCGCUAUCUCACUCCCGCUGCGAUGGCCUGCUACACUCGGGCUGCGCUGCGCGCCUACGCCGCCUCGCAGAAUGUCGGCUCGUGGGGCGAGCACGGGCCGGGCGUCAAGCCCGAGUACCCGGCCGGCGGCAUCGAGCCGGGCACGCUCAAGGGCAGUGACUUCUACGCGCUCGGCGUCAGGGGCGACCUGGAGGUCGCGACGUGGCGCCAGCUUGGCUCGCCCGAAUGGCCGCCGAUGCCUCGGACGAAGGAGGCAGCGGCGCACUAG